AUGAGCAAAAACGAGCUCGGUGAAGAGCCGAAGAAUGCACUUGGUCGCCUAGGGGGCUCGUUGGGAAAAUUGAGGAAACUGUUUGAUCAGCUAGGAUCCAACGAAAAGCAGGUACAGAAGAUGGAGGAUUCGACGACAAGUAGUGAGAUUGUCUAUGGUGGGGAGAGCCCGACCGUCGAAAAUGUGGACGGACCCCGGAAGAUGAGCCCGAAGGUGGAAGCUCUAGCAGCAACGGUAUAUCGAGAAUUGGAACAUCUGAUUCAACGCUUUGGUGACGACAGCGUCACGUCUCUCAUGCCCCAAAUCAUCAAUGUGUUGGAACAUCUCGAAAUAGCAUACCUCGAAAAAGAUGAAGCAACCAUUGAACAUGAAAUGCUUAAAGAAGAUAUUGAGCAGCUCUCGACCCAAUACGACCGAGAAAAAUCCCAGAGAAAACAACAAGACCAGAAAUAUAUGGAAUUCGAAGACGAGAUGGUCGGCCAGCAAAGAGAGCUUGAAGCCAAGAUUGGAUCUCUUGAAUCUAUUAUGCGAAUGCUAGAAUUGAAAGCGAAAAACGCUACCGAUCAUGCAAAUCGAUUAGAAGAGCGGGAAGCUGAUCAGAAAGUGGAAUAUGAUCGGUUGCAUGAAAGAUACAAUGUAUUGCUCCGUACUCACAUCGACCACAUGGAACGGACAAAAUACCUGCUGGGCUCCGAUAAAUUUGAGAUGAUGCAAAACAUGCCACUUCAGACGGGGCGUGGAAAAACCGGAAUGGGUAUGGCCGCGUCAGUAGAUGCUUCCUCAAUCCGUGGUGUCUCCGACUUGAUCUCAGCAGCCAUGUCCCACUCGAUGUCCCACGACGUCAACCUGGCCAACCACAUCUCCGAAGAAGUGGACUACCAGGAAGAAUUCGGACAAUCCGCGGAUAUUGAUACGCCGAGGGAGGACAAUGAGCGCGCACGACUUCCUGCGGUCGAAUCAGAGCUCGAAAUGCCUGAUGAAGCGCCGGAAGCUAUGCGGACAUCUCUGCAUAACCCGGUCCUUGCCAACGAACCAGAACCGGAAGAUGCCCUUGGAGCAGAUCUCACAGGCAAUCUCGUUGACCCCGCGGAAUUUGCGUCAGCCGUAAACGACACGUUCAUUGGAAUGGGCCGUGAAGUGGAAAAUCUCAUCAAGGAAAACACUGAGCUGCUGGAUAUGAAGAACGCCCUGAACAUUGUGAAGAACGACUUGAUCCUGAAAGUUGAUGAGCUCAGCAGUGAACAAGAAAUCUUGCGCGAAGAAGUGCGAAGCCUCGAGAUGGUGCGCGCUAAAAUGAGCGAACAACUACAGCAAGUCGAAGAUGAGCUGAAAGAUACCAAGCGAAAGCUCAGCGACAAGGAAGCCGAGCAAGAAGAGGAGGAUGUCCCGCUUGCCCAGCGCAAACGUUUCACCCGUUCCGAGAUGCAACGCGUACUCAUCGACCGAAAUAUGUACAAAGAGAAGCUGAUGGAGCUUGAGGAAUCGUUGAAAUGGACUGAACUUCAGCGUGCAAAGAAGCUUCAGCAGCAACCUAUGCCCAAACAGGCGAAGGGCGGUAUUUGGGACUUCUUCUCGGGUCUGUUCGGUGACUCCCCAUCUCCACCCAGCAGCGCGAGGCGUCAACUUCGUGCUCAGGAAGCUAGCCGAAACAAGAUGACGAAGAGCGUCGAGUUUUUGGAUGCGGAUCUAAUCUCGGAGCGUCGAGCGGCUGAGCGUCGCAAGCAGUACAAGCUCGUUAGGGAGCACGUGAAGAAGGACGAUUCUGGAAGGUUGCAGGCAUACGGCUGGUCAAUUCCCUCUACCGUUGAUACCUCAUCAUCGACCCAAGUCCCAGUUCCGGUCUGCUGCCGUCCAGUCAUGGAGCAGUUACCGCAGCUAAAAGUCUGGUGCUGCACAGGCGUCAUUCUGAAGGGCGGCAAACUACCCAACGGGAGUUUCAUCUCCGGCGAGUCCAUCUACUUUGGCCUAACGAAACAGCGACUGGUUCGUGAUGGUCAGCGUGCCAAUAGUGACAAUCUGGAGCUGGAGAUUGAUCGAUCACGAGCAUUGGAAGCGCGGGAGAAAGAGAUUUCGGAAUGGGCGCCAACAAGCUUGAUUUGGGUGGCUUCUUCAAAUCAGGGACGUUCGCAGAUCGCGAUCGUCGAUGCUAAUAACCCGAACAACGUCAUCGACCAGUUCUGCGCAUGUGAUUCUCAUUUGCUAUGCAUGGCUAGUGUUCAUGGUGUCCUUGAAAAUGAGCCCUGGUGUGACGAGACGUCAGCUAAGAAACUGUUGCGUGGUGGCGGCUAUGUAAAAGAAGUUCCUGAAGGAAUUGAUAGUGCAGAACUUGGAGCUGUAGCCUGGGUCGAGAUGAGAAAGCUCGAAGAUACGGACGACAAUGUCGAGACCCUAUGCAGCAACGAGCAGAAACCUAGUCCAAAACGCGCUAGAGACUUCAGUCUCUGUGAACAAGCCGCAGUCGCCGGAACCUCCGAACCAAAAGGUAGCAAAAAACCUGCCAAGAUCGAGGAAGCGGAAGAGGCACGGGAGAAGUCCCAAGUCGUCAAAGUCCUCGAGAAAGGCCCAAUACCUCAAGAAGAGCCGAUCGGGCCUAGAGGAUCGCUUCCACAUCAUUUGAAGGCUUCACUUGAGCGAUAUGAGCAGGUUUCAUCACACCCCGACACAGCCCUCCCGACAAUUUGGAUGGGAAGCCAGAAUCAGUACAUCUACAUCCACAGUGCAGUCACAGCUUGGCGUCAAUGCUUGAGGAGGAUCAAGCUGCCAGAUGCUGUUUUGGCCAUAACUCACACAGCCGGGCGUGUCUUUGCCGCUCUAGCCAAUGGCACGAUCGUUGUGUUCCACAGAAAUAAGCAAGGAGCAUGGUCUUCGGAGGGAUAUCAUUGCGUCAGACUCGGGCCACCGUCAGCCUCUGUUCGCUCGCUUGAAGUUGUCGGCUCCUCACUGUGGGCCGCGUACAAGAAUUGUAUCGUAGUCUUGGAUGUCGAUACUCUGAACGUCCAGAAAGUAUUCGCAGCCCAUCCGCGGAAGGACUCACAAGUUCGGGCACUUCAAUGGGCUGGGGCGGGAGUUUGGACAACUAUUAGACUUGAUUCAACGAUACGGCUUUUCCACGCCUAUACCUAUGAACUAUUGCAAGAUGUCGAUAUCGAGCCGUAUGUCACCAAAAUGCUUGGUACCUCCAAGCUUGACUUCUCGUUCAUGAGACCAACCGCCCUUCUCGUUUCGAACAGACGACUCUGGGUCGGUACCGGAACUGGCGUUGUCAUCAGCGUGCCACUCAGCUCAGAACUGGAAGACACGACGAAGAAAAUCGCUCCCCCAGGUGCCAAAGGCCCUGGAGGUUUGGUCCGGGUCUACAAAAAACCGGAAAGUGAGGCCACAACCGACGGAUCGAACCUGUUCAUCCCUUACUGUAAUCUGUCUCAAGCCCAACUCUCCUUCCAUGGUCAUCGAGAUUCCGUGAAAUUCUUCCAAGCUGUGCCAGGAGAGCAUAAACCUGUCACAGAGGGACAAGAAGCUGACGCUCAACUCCGAAGAAUGUUGAUGAUUUCUGGAGGCGAUGGUUAUAUCGAUUUCAGAAUAGGAGACGAUUCUGAAGGAGUCGAACAAAAUCCGAAGGACGAUGAAUCGGUUCGAGUCCGUGACAUGAGUCAUCUUAUUAUUUGGGAGUUGGAUGCAGAACUCCCAGUCCUUGGCUCUUCC